CAUGGCAUGACCCCUCUAAUGCAUGCAGCCUACAAGGGGAAGGUAGACAUGUGCAGGUUGCUCUUGCGACAUGGAGCUGAUGUUAACUGCAAUGAACAUGAGCAUGGAUAUACUGCCUUGAUGUUUGCUGGACUUUCAGGAAACAAAGAAAUCACCUGGAUGAUGCUAGAGGCUGGAGCAGAGACUGAUGUUGUCAACUCUGUGGGAAGGACAGCAGCUCAGAUGGCUGCUUUUGUGGGUCAACAUGACUGUGUGACUGUCAUCAACAACUUCUUUCCACGUGAAAGGCUGGACUACUACACUAAACCACAAGGCUUAGAUAAAGAACCAAAACUGCCAGUAAAAUUAGCUGGGCCUCUACAUAAAAUUAUUACCACUACUAAUAUGCAUCCUGUUAAGAUUGUGUUGCUGGUAAAAGAGAACCCUCUAUUGGCCGAAGUAGAAGCUCUGCAGAAAUGCUACAGGGUUCUGGAUCUAAUUUGUGAGAAAUGUAUGAAGCAGAAAGAUAUGAAUGAAGUACUUGCUAUGAAAAUGCACUACAUCAGUUGCAUCUUCCAGAAAUGUAUUACGUUCUUAAAAGAGCGAGAGGAUAAACUAGAUGGAUUUAUCAAAAGUCUCUUGAAAGGGAGAGAUAAAGAUGGUUUCCCUGUAUAUCAAGAGAAGCUAAUUCGAGAAAGUAUCCGAAAAUUUCCUUACUGUGAAGCUACCUUGCUCCAGCAGCUCGUAAGAAGUAUUGCUCCAGUUGAAAUAGGUUCGGAUCCUACAGCUUUUUCUGUACUUACACAAGCUAUUACUGGCCAAGUGGGUUUUGUGGAUGCUGAAUUCUGUACGACUUGUGGGGGAAAGGGCGCGGACAAAAGAUGUUCAGUAUGUAAAAUGGUGAUGUACUGUGACCAGAACUGCCAGAAAAUACACUGGUUUACCCACAAGAAAGUCUGCAAGACCUUGAAGGAAAUUCAUGAGAAACAAGAACUAGAAGCUGCCAAAGAAAAAAGGAAACAAGAAAGCAAGCAAAAAAAAGAUGAAGUGCAACUAGUAGAGGGUUCUACAGGUGAAGAACAGUCAGAUCCUGGUCCAGAUGCUACCAAAGAAGUGGAUCCAAAUCAUGCUACUGACCGAAUGGAAGAACCUGAGUUUACCAAAGAGAUGGAGGCGCUAGCCCUGCAUACUGAGAGCCCACGGGAAAGGGAAAGUGGUUUAGCUGACAUUGCUCUUCAAAAAAUUCAAGAUUCUGAGGAGUAA